AUGAGUAAUGUGGUACGAUUUAACGAAGAGAUGGGUUUUCUGGAAAUAUGGGAUCGAAUUCGUAAACGAAUUACAAGUGAUCAAUGCGAAAUACAAGAGUUUACAAAUAUGCUGGAUAAUUUGAUAUACUACUGGGAAUUAGCUGUGGAAAAUUGCAAGCCUAAGAAUCGUGAGAUAUAUAAUGCACUUUGUUGUAUCCUUCGUGAGGAAGUUAUCAAAAAAAAGGAAAAUUUUCCUGAAACAUCAAAAUAUUUUGGUGAAUCAAUUGCAACUAUCGAUUCAGGGUUUGGCACAUUCAAUUCAGAAUCACCUACAAAGUAUAAUUCGAAAUUGAUUACAUUAAAUGAUACAGAUGUUAAUCAAAAGGUAAUGUCUCACCGACCAAAAUGUAUCAAAUCAAGAUCACCAAAAAUAUUACUAAAAAAUGUAACAUAUGAUGCUACUGUCAUCAGGAAUACUUUUGAUGGUAAAUUAAGAAAUGUAAAACAGUCUAGAAAUACCUAUCCAUAUAUAGUAACAGCAAUAAUGUGUUGUUUUGCUUGUUUGAUUGCUGUAAUACCGCAUCGUUUCUUUCCGUGGUUUUUCACGUUGAUAUCUUUUAAUUCACCACCACCAUUGUAA